AUUCUUUAUCUAUGACUACCUCUACACUCCAUAUCUAUGACUAUGACAGAUAGUUGACAGAUAGAUAUUUUUUUUGAAAAUUAGAGGUUACGUAAAGUAUUAUUUUAUAAUGUAAACAGAGAUGUAAAUAUUAAAGUUUCGGUUUUUAGAAAAGAAUAUAAAGAAUUAUGGGAUUUGCAAAUAGUAAAGCAUUUAAUAUUAAUAGUGAGAUAGAUAGUAGAUAGUGUUAACCAUGCAGCAGAAAAAAACACGUGAAAAAAGUAAAACCAGAGCAUGGGAAAAAGACAGAAGAAAGAGACUUAACGAUGGUUUUACUAAACUCAGUCAAGUUUUACCAACUUAUGAUUUUUCCAAAAACUUUUCCAAAUUAGAAAUUUUAGAAAAUGCUAAAUUAGCGAUUACAGAUUUAGAUGAAAAACUUAAAGCCUUUCUAUACCCUCAGGAUUCUAAGAAAUGCCAUGAAGAAAAAUUAAAAGUGUUUAGUGAUGUUAUUAAAAGGCUACAAACCCGCAUAAGGAAACUUUUAGUGAGAAAUGAACAGCUCAGUAAUUUGCUAAAAAAUGCAGGUAUUACUGUUCCAAGAGAAUAUAGUGCUGUUAAAAAAUUUACGAAAUCAUACAAAGAUAUUUAUAAGGCAUCUCAACAAAGAAAAAAGGAUGGAGAAGAAGAACUGGAAAAAGAGAAUCAAGUAAAAGUUAAACAAAAGAAAGCUAAGCCUUAUUUAGAUUUGAAACGUAAGAAAAGUUGUAGCCCAUCUGUAAAAAAUAAGAGGUUUUCUAAAAAGAAACAGGCUUCUAAAAUAGCAUCAUCUUUCCCAAAUUGUGUAUUUAUAGUUUCUCAACCAAAUCUAAUUAACAGCUCUUGUUAUAUCCUUGCAAGAAAUGCUAGAAAAGGGAAUCAAACAGUAAUAACCAAUUCUUCACUUUUAAAAUCGCCUAUAGUGUCUCCUAAUAUUAAACCAUCUGUAUUCAGUGGUAAUGUGGCAACAAAUUUAGGACCAGGAACGUUAAUCUUAACAAAUGGUACUGUAACACCGAUUGUACAAACUCCCCAAAUUCUUCCUGUGGUUCCAACAAUAUUCAAUCCUAUUCAAAGUAAUGUAUCAACACUUAUUGUUGUAUCUUGCAAUGCUAAGUCAUCUUGUAUUAAUAAAAUUACAUCUUCAACUUCAUUGAUACAAUCAUCCAAGUCUAACAAGAUUCAAGAAUUAAAAUAUUCCAGUGAAGAUAUAAUUUCCAGUAAUAUGUGUCCAAUUUUAAGACCCAAAAUUUGUCAGACUAAAACGACCCAAGUUAAUAAGGUUCCUAUACCUGCUUUAUCAUCAAAAAACAAACAUUUAUGUAUAAAUACCACUAAAAUAUCUAAAACCGAUAUUUCCCAGGAAAAAAAUUUAGACAAUUGUGUUAAAAAUAUAAAAAAUAUAAGUAAUAAACGUAAAAGAUGUAACAUUGAUGACAAUAGCAAAACAAAAAAGCGAAAACCGAAUAUUGAACAAAAACAAUUUAGUGCCGAGUCUUCAGUUUGUAAUAAAGACUCAAUAAAUGUAAAAUCAACACUUGAUAAUACCAAAGUCAAUCCUCCUGUUCAUGAAAAUAGUAAAGACAAUUGUGAAAGUAUUAAAACUAAUGUUGAAUCUUGUAUCAAACCAAAACUACAGGUUUCAGUGUCAGAAAUAGCAACUGUGGUAAACACAUCUUCGUCAAAUCAGUCAUUUAAUACAUUAUUAGAACAGUCUGAUAUUGUUCAAAACUCUAAAUCAGAAAAUAAGAGUGAAAUAUCCAAAGAUAUAGAGAGUAAGAAAGAAAAACCACAAUUACAUGAAAAUAAAACGAAAUUAAAUGAUCAACCUGUAAGUACUAUGGCAGUUUGCACUAAUUCUGGAUCAGAAUUGACUUCUGAUCUGAUAUUCAGUACCUCAAGCUCUAAACCUGAGUGUAAUUUACAGGAGUUAAAAUCAAUGAGUUAUAAUUUGUCAAGAACUGUAACUAGUAGUAAGGAUAUUAAUGAUACUCCAGAUAUAAAAUCACUAGAACUCAAUUUACCACAAUCUGAGUUAUCCAACGAUAUAUUUGCUUCUCUUCAAGUGCCCUCUGGAUGUCAAAACCCGGAAUCAACGUCUCCGACGGCAGCUUUUCUACUUGCAUUUCCUUUAGUCUCAUCGGGAGUAAAAGUAACAGAAGUUAUAAAUGAUGAAAAUAAUGAAUCACAAACUGCUACACCUAAUAUACUGCAGAUUGGUACAAUGGAAACUACCAAGCCUAGUCAGUCUCAUUCCGAAAGUUUAACGCCGAGCUUGUUGAAUUUAGAUGGUUUUUCGUUCUUUUCUAAUAAAGACAGCUGUAGCGGAUUUUAUAAUAAUUAUACUGCAUCUUCCAAUUCGCAAAUUUGUAGUACAACAACGACGGCAACAAUCUCUAAUCAAAAUUAUGUUAAUAGCAGAGCACUUACUGAAAUGGACAACAAAGCAAAUUUAAUGGUGAAGGGACAAAAGAAUAAUGGAAUCCGUUCCUGUCAGAAUAAUUAUAAUAACAUUCCAGUUAGAAGCACUGCCUCGAUAGAUACCAAACAUACAAACCCUCAGAUGCUUCAUAAGAAAAUGAACAAAGAACACAAAUUAAGUAAUCCAAGUCAUUGUAGCAUCACGAAUAAUGUCGAUCGUCCAGCGUCUGGGGUACAAUCAAACUCAUGUCAAAGUAGAUCAAUAGGGAAUACUCAUUUUCCUAAAGGAGGAUCUAACGAACCUUAUGUGCCCAAAUCAUUUGAAAGCUGCAGCAAUUAUUCAGGUUAUAAGGAUUGUAGUUCUCUUGCAAGUAAUUCUUUUUACCCCAGUAAGAAUUUCAAUCCCGCAUAUACUAUUGCUGGAAGUAACAACUAUUUCUAUAAUUCGUACAGUUCUGAAAAUGAAAAUAGAAAUUAUAAUACGUCGCAAUGUUCGGAAUAUAGAAAGCGCGAUAACUACUUAAAUCAUUAUAAUAAUCAGUCUCAAAUCUACAACAAAGAAAAAUAUGUUCCACACGUCCCAGCAGAAGCCAAAGUCCCGCAUGUAUCGCAAAACAAGCCGAUUAAUUGGAUGACAACACCUAGUACUACUAGUUCUUAUAAAACCGAUUAUUUUUUGCCACCGUUCACCAAAGAUAAUGACUUUACUUCAAAUUUGAAUACAAGUAAUUCUUUUAAUACGAUUUCUUCAAACGCUUAUUUCCCUAGCUCUUCUAUGUAUACCCCGAGCGAGCAUUUAAAUUCCGAUACGAGAAAAGGUGUGGAUAUUUCUUUUCCAACUUAUAACAGUUACCAGAGACCGGAUAACGAAGAAAAUCAAUUCUCGUGGUCGCCAAAUAAGAUGCCCCAGUUUCUAGAUCCAACUCAUUCGUUUGUGUCUUCUACGUUACCGACGCUGGUCGGGGAUUUAGCUUUAAACAAUUUUUCUACAGUCGAACAAAAAUCAAUAAUUAAAGACAGAAGUAAUAAGGAUAGUCGUAGAAAAAUCGGAAAUUUUGACGCUCAAACGGGCCAGUCGAAUUUCCUUUCUGUCAGCCAAUUGGUUGAGAGGGAAAGCGUUCCUGGAAAGGUUUCGUCCAGACGGAACAGCGGAAAUCGAUCUAAAGUAAAUACAUCGAAAAAACGACUGGAGAACAAGGUAGAAUCUAGUAAAGAACUCCAGAGUUAUCACAAGAUUGAAAAGAAUAAUCAGUCUAAAAACUUCGUGAAUGAUAAUUUGUUCUGCGACCCUAAACAUCAAAAUAGAAACAACAAGAUGAUACCGAGUAAUUAUUCAGCGGAGGCAUUGAUAGGAAACCAUAUAAACGGGGGAGAUAACGGAAAAAAAGUAACGCCCUUUCAGAAUAAGGGUAUAGUACCGAAUUUCUUGGGGGAUAAUAUCGGGCCGUACUUCCCCUCUGUUGACGUACCUCCAGAUAACAGUUACAUGCAAGCGAACCAGGGUUACCAAUCGAAUUCUUUCGCGCACAAUUUUUCAACCUUCCAAAAUAACAGUUAUGGAAGUGGUAAUAUAAUUCCUAGCGCUUGUGCCAUAACGUCGUCGUACUUGCCGAAUAAUAAUUUUAUGCACAAUUCCAAUGGUCAAGAGUAUCAAGCGGACAAUUCGAACGUUUUCCAAAAUAUUAUCGCAGCUCCAAAGGAUAAAGUCAACUGUACAAAAAAUUAUAAUCGAUCUUCCGAUAAAGAUGAUAAACACGACGGUAGCAGUUGUAAGAAGUCGAAAAAACGCAAUCUCAAUGAAGGAAGUUUACCUUCGUUUGAUAUCAAUUUUCUUUCGUUUUCUGCAUCAAUGAAUUCGCCGAUUUUGCCUGACGUUUUUGAUACCACUUACCUUCCUCCCACCACUUUGUAUUCCUGUAAAAAUCCGCUGUAUUCCAAGCCAGAUUUGGCGCCGGGUACGCUGAUUCCUCCUCUGCCUGCUCCUGGAAAACAUGGAAUUCAGCAUCCGGAAAUCUCGCCUUCUGUUAAUUCAAUGGGUACUUCGUUAACCAACUUUAAUAUGAGCACCAUAUUUCCAGAAAUUAACAAGGGGCCAAUUCAAGAACAUUAUACAGACAACAGAAAUAAAGAUUAUUCUGUUGGUAGAAAUUUUCCAGCAACAUCUUCCAUUCAAGUUCCUUUUAGUAGUAAACCAUCAAUCAGUUUCAGCUCUUUUGGGACGUGAUGAAAAUAAAUUAUUGUAUAUAUUACCUACUUAUGUACGCACAACCAAACUUAUAUGGAAUUACUCUUUCACUCUUUAUUUCUGACUAAAUUUUUUGCAAGGAUAAAAAUUGGUAUACAACUUUAAAGCCCCGUUCUCAGAACAUCGGUAUUGUCGAGCGACACGCCAAGAACCAAAUGAGAUCACAAAAUUCAAAAUUGACAGUUGUUUGAAUUUUGUACGAUUCUCAUUGGUUCUACCGCCGCUCUGUUAUGCUCGUAACAGGUUAAAAAACAACGUAUCUAAAAUGGCUUAUUUUCUAUACGUUAUUCUCUUACCCGUUGCGAGCCUCCAUCGACAAUCGACCG